AUGCCCAAAGGCAAUCACUCUAGAUUGACUGAGUUCAUCCUCUCUGGGUUAACAGACAACCCAGAGCUGCAGCUGCCCCUGUUCCUCCUCUUCCUUGGAAUCUACCUGUUUACAGUGCUGGGGAACCUGGGCAUGAUCAUCCUGAUCCUGCUCAGCUCCCACCUGCACACCCCCAUGUACUUCUUCCUCAGCAGUCUGUUCUUCAUUGACCUCUGUUAUUCCACCGUUGUUAUCCCAAAAAUGCUGGUGAACUUUGUGACAAUAAAGAAUGUCAUUUCCUACCCUGAAUGCAUGACUCAGCUCUAUUUCUUUGUAGUCUUUGUUAUAUCUGAGUGUCACAUGUUGUCUGCAAUGGCAUAUUAUUGCUAUGUUGCCAUCUGUAACCCCUUGAUGUAUAAUGUCACUAUGUCUUACCAAGUCUCUUCCUGGAUGGUAGGUGCGGUGUAUGGUAUGGGCUUCAUUGAAGCCACAGUUCACACUGUUUGCAUGUUAAGAGUGCUUUUCUGCAAGGCUAAUGUAGUAAACCAUUUCCUCUGUGAUCUUCUACCAUUGCUACAACUUUCCUGCUCCAGUAUAUUUGUCAAUGAGGUAGUGAUUCUGUGUCUCAGUUCUUUUAGUUUCUGUGUUCCAAACUGCCUGACCAUCUUGAGCUCUUAUAGUUUUAUCAUUGCCAGUAUCAUCCACAUAAAGUCCACUGAGAACAGAUUCAAAGCCUUAAGCACCUGCAGCUCCCAUAUCUUUGCAGUGGCUGUCUUCUUUGGUUCUCUGGGAUUCAUGAACUUUCAGCCAUCAUCUGUCAGCUCCAAAGAUCAAGGGAAAGUGUCCUCUGUUUUUUAUAGUACUGUGGUGCCCAUGCUGAACCCACUAAUUUACAGCCUGAGGAACAAGGAUGUCAAACUUGCUCUAAAUAAGUUGCUUCUAAAGAAGACAUUUCAGAUGUAA